AUGCGAGAGAUUUGUGAACAGCAGGAGAACAAGACCUUACAGAAUUCAUUGGCUGAAAGGAACGGUGUUGUGGAGGAAAGGGACCGUAUCGUGAAGGAAAGAAACAAAUUGAUCGAGAACGUGGUGAAGUUGGAGUUCCUCGGUGCCAAGAAGGUCAAGAAGGAAAAGAGAGAUUCUGAGAGUUUGCAAGCAGACCAUGCCACCCAGAUGAUGCUGCAGGAAUCUUGGCGACUAAGCCGCCAGCUGCAGACAAAAGUCUGCAUCGAACUGAAUUAUUGUGAUGCAGCUUUCUCCAACAUCCAGAAGGCGCUUGUUGAGGCAUGUCCCCCGGAUCACUACGCAGUUUGUAGCCGUAUGAGGAACGUCAGCAUAACGGGUCUGCAGCAGAUUUGCAAUGUCAGAAUUUGGAAGGACUACGACUUUCGGAAAGAGCAAGUUCGUAAAGAACUUGAAGGCCGUGAGACUGUUCCGACUGUGACUAGCAAUCUGCCACCACACAUGUGCAAGUGGGCACAUUUGGAUGAAAAGAUCAACGAGAUUUUGCUGAUCCAUGGUACUACGCAAGACAAGAUAGACCAAAUUGCAAGUUUUGGAUUCGACGAGCGCCUUGCGCGUGAAAGUGGGCUUUACGGCCAAGGAGUUUACUUCACGGACCAAAGCUGCAAGAGCCUUCAAUACUCUGGAGCAAACUGUGGCCACACCGGUUGCUUCAUAGUUGCUCGCGUAAUACUUGGGCAUCCCAGCAAUGCUGUUGGCCCAUUGAAGAGUCUGAGGGUAGAACCGCUGGUUGAUGAAACCAAUCCUUGCAAAGGCCGAUGUCACUCCGUGAUUGCUCAGCCAGGGAUUCCGAAUGGCAAUGGCUUGCAGAAGCAAGUCCACCGAGAGUUUGUCCUUUUCGACGGAGCCCAGGCAUAUCCGGAAAUGGUUGUUCAUUUCAAGAUUUCUUGAUUCCUUGGCGUGCAAAGCGACUCGCUGAGAUAGAUUGGGUGAGCAGUACAAUAGUGCAAAUCAUGAACCAGUCGCCAAAGUUGCGGGGUGGAAAUUGACCAUUUGCGCAGCAAGAAGGG